AUGGGAGCAUCAGAAGCUGGGGCAAUGUUCUUGAAAGUUGUUAAUUGUGAAGGUGAGCAUAAAGACAAGUUUUUUAUUUCCAACUUAAUUAGUCAAGCAAUUGAAGAAGUUGGACAUCAGAAUGUCAUUCAAGUCAUUAUAGAAAAUGCUCCCGUGUGUAGUGCAGCUGGUUUACUCAUUGAAAGUAAGUACCCGAAUAUCUUUUGGACACCAUGUGUAGUUCACACAUUGAAUCUUGCUCUUAAGAACAUUUGUGCUCCAAAAGAAACAGGGGGUACUGCUUUUGUUUAUGAUGAAUGUCACUGGAUCACACUUUGUGUUGAUGAUGUGAUGUUUAUCAAAAACUUCAUCAUGAACCAUUCCAUGCGGCUAGCUAUUUUCAAUGAAUUCGUACCCUUGAAGUUGCUUGCUGUUGCAGACACAUGUUUCGCAUCUGCCAUUGUCAUGCUCAAAAGGUUUAAACUUGUAAAGCGUGGCCUCCAAUCAAUAGUUAUUAGUGACCAGUGGGUUUCUUACAAAGAAGACGAUGUUGGGAAAGCAACAUCUAUGAAGGAAAAAUUAUUGAAUGAUGUGUGGUGGGAUAAGAUUGAUUACAUUUUGUCUUUUACAUUGCCUAUCUAUGAGAUGCUUAGGUUUUGUGACACUGACAAACCAUGCCUUCACUUAGUCUAUGAAAUGUGGGACACCAUGAUUGAAAAGGUGAAGGCAAGCAUCUUUAGGCAUGAAGGGAAGCUAGAUCAUGAGGAAUCAAUCUUUUAUUCCAUUGUGCACAAUAUACUAGUUGAGAGGUGGGCCAAAAGUAACACUCCUCUUCAUUGCCUUGCACAUUCUUUGAAUCCAAGGUAUUAUAGUUCAACGUGGCUUGAUGAAAAUCCCAAUCGUGUCCCUCCUCAUAGGGAUGAAGAAAUUUCAAGUAUGAGAAACAAGUGCUUCAAGAAAUACUUUCCAAAUUUAGAGGAGAGAAUGGUUGUCAAUGUGGAAUAUGCCAAGUUUUCAAGAGGUUUGGAUAUGUUUGGAGAUUUUGACUCAAAGAUUGAUAGAGGAGUAUUGGAUCCACUUAUUUGGUGGUUUACAGAUGGGUCUCCUGCUCCUAUGCUUCAAUCUUUACCAUUAAAAUUGCUUGGCCAGCCAUGUUCCUCAUCAUGCUGUGAAAGGAAUUGGACCACCUACUCCUUUAUUCACUCCAUGAAAAGAAACAAAAUGACACCACAACGUGCUGAAGAUUUGGUUUUUGUGCACAACAAUCUUCGUCUCCUAUCAAGGAGAAGUCAACAGUACAUUGAAGGAGAAUCUAAGUUAUGGGAUGUUGGUGGAGAUGCUUUUGAUUCAUUGGAGGGUGCAGGCUUACUUGAAAUUGCAAGCCUUUCUCUUGAUGAACCAGAUAUGGAAGCUGUGAUAUUCACUGAUGAAGGGGAACAAGUUGAACCUAUUGAUGUUGAAGACUCUUAG